AUCUCAUGCACGUGAGAACUCACGGCGAACUUCUGCUCGCUCGGUCAUAUGAUUUUGUGGAAAAGGGCGAGCCCGGAGAAAGGAGUUUGACACAUCGGUCUCUCGUGCGAACGUGUUCGAUAUUUUUCUUGCAAAAUGAAGGGAUGCAUAUUCAACAUCGACGGCGGUUACUUGGAGGGUUUGUGCCGUGGUUUCAAAUGUGGCAUACUCCAACAGAGUGAUUACUUGAAUCUAGUGCAAUGCGAAACACUCGAAGAUUUGAAGCUACACUUGGCUGGCACUGACUACGGCAGCUUUUUGGCCAAUGAACCGUCUCCUCUUUCCGUCAGCGUCAUCGAUGACAAAUUAAGGGAGAAGCUGGUUGUUGAGUUUCAACAUAUGCGCAAUCACUCCGUCGAGCCUCUGUCUCAGUUUUUGGAUUUCAUCACUUACAGUUAUAUGAUUGAUAAUAUCAUUUUGUUAAUUACCGGUACCUUGCACCAACGACCUAUUUCCGAAUUGAUUCCAAAGUGUCAUCCGCUUGGCAGCUUUGAGCAGAUGGAAGCAAUCCACGUCGCUGCCACACCCGCAGAAUUGUACAACGCUGUACUGGUAGAUACGCCUUUAGCACCUUUCUUCGUGGAUUGCAUUUCUGAGCAGGAUUUAGAUGAGAUGAACAUCGAGAUAAUAAGAAAUACGCUUUAUAAGGCUUAUCUGGAAGCAUUUUAUAAAUUCUGCAAAGAUCUUGGUGGCACAACCGCAGACACUAUGUGUGAAAUACUUGCUUUUGAAGCAGAUAGAAGAGCGAUCAUUAUAACCAUUAAUUCAUUUGGCACUGAAUUGGGUAAGGAUGAUCGUGCAAAAUUGUAUCCUCGUUGCGGACGUUUGAAUCCGGAUGGACUGGCUGCCUUGGCGAGAGCUGAUGAUUACGAACAAGUGAAGGCUGUAGCAGAAUAUUAUGCCGAAUACAGCGCUUUAUUUGAAGGAGCAGGUAACAAUCCUGGUGACAAGACCUUGGAAGACAAGUUCUUUGAACAUGAAGUUCGUUUAAACGUCCAUGCGUUUCUGCAACAAUUUCAUUUUGGAGUAUUCUAUAGCUACUUGAAACUGAAGGAGCAAGAGUGUCGUAAUAUCGUUUGGAUUGCGGAAUGCGUUGCUCAAAAGCAUCGGGCUAAAAUAGAUAAUUAUAUCCCUAUAUUUUAGAUUAAUUAUGCGUAUUAAACUCGAUUACUUGUAUUUACUGCAACAAUAAUGUAAAAUUGUUUUUCUCAUAGUGCAAAAGUACGAGAUAAUAGUUUAAUUGUUACCAGAAGGGCUCUUGAAAGCUGUUUGUGGAACAAUAUCACCAUAAAAAUUGACUUUAAAAAUGAAGUAGAUAUGUGCAAGUAUAUAUCGGUCCAAUAUUAAUAAGCCGCAUGCAUACGUUAAGAAUUCUGGUUUAGAAUUGACAUUAUAAAAGUUUAAGUGAAAUAACAAAAUGUUUGUGUACAAACUGUAUGUGUACAUAAUGUAUCUUAUUGUAAUCUUGAAUGUAAAUCGUUUUUAUGUAUUAUUCUACAUUACAAUUAUUAACACAGA